UCUUUAUCCCACGAAGAAGAAGAAGCUGUCAUGGCUACAAAAAGGAAUGUUGUUGAGCUGCCGUUGCUGUUUUUGUUAUUUUCUGUGGCCUUCAUACAUUUAUUAAUUUCUCCGUUUACCAAAGUGGAGGAGAGCUUUAACUUACAAGCGACACACGACAUUCUCUAUCACAGACUUGACUUUGAUAAGUAUGAUCAUCAUGAGUUCCUCGGUGUGGUUCCGAGGACGUUCCUUGGCCCCCUGUUCCUCUGCACACUCUGCUCUCCUGUGGUGUUUCUGUGUUCUCUGCUGGAUGCACCAAAAUUCUACACACAGCUGAUCGUUCGAGCAGGUCUGGGAGUGUGCGUAAUUGGCGCGCUGUGGCACAUGCAGAGAGAGGUGAGGCAUCAGUUUGGCUCAACAGUGGCCGUUCUGUUCAGUUUGUCGUGUGCAUCGCAGUUUCAUCUCAUGUUCUACAGCACCAGGACACUCCCGAAUGUGUUUGCACUGCCGCUAGUUCUUGUGGCCUUCACGUCUUGGAUGUGUCAGAAGCACAGCCGCUUCAUCAGCUUCUCUGCUUUGGCCAUCAUCGUGUUCCGCUCAGAGCUUUGCAUCUUCCUGGGUCUCAUGUUGUUGAUGUCGCUUCUGAGCAAGAGGUUGAAGCUGUUAGAGCUGCUUUACUAUGCUGUACCUGCUGGAAUCAUGUCACUGGCUCUGACAGUUGGCGUUGACACUUUCUUUUGGAGGCGCAUUCUGUGGCCCGAGGGCCAGGUUCUCUGGUACAAUACGGUUCUGAAUAAGAGUUCCAGCUGGGGAACCUCUCCCUUCUUGUGGUACUUCUACUCGGCGUUGCCCCGCGCCCUGGGGAGCACACUGCUCUUCGUGCCGCUCGGCCUCCUCGACAGGCGGAUGAGGCUGUUGCUCCUCCCCGCUGUUGGCUUCGUUCUAAUCUACUCGCUGCUGCCCCACAAGGAGCUGCGUUUCAUCAUAUACACUUUCCCCGUGCUGAGUUUGGUGGCGGCACGCGGCUGCUCUUUCAUUUUGUGCAACUACCAGAAGUCCUGGGUGUAUAAACUGGGGUCGGCGAUCGUCGUUGCCCAGCUGGUGAUGAAUGCAGCUUACUCCAGUAUUUGCCUGUAUGUUUCCCAUCACAACUACCCCGGAGGCAGAGGGAUGAAGGAACUCCACCACCUUGUGCCUCCCACGGCAGAUGUUUUUCUUCAUAUUGACACCUACGCUGCUGAAACUGGAGUGUCUCGUUUCUUGGAGCAGAACAAAAACUGGAGGUAUGACAAACGAGAGGAUCUGAGUCCCAACAGUCCUGAGAUCGAAAUCUUCUCUCACCUUCUGAUGGAGGCUAACGACACUACGAUACAGGUUCUCCAAGGGUCUCACCAGCCGCUGGCUUUCGUAAAAGGUUACAGCAGCAUCGCCUUCAACGGGGUUCAGUUCCCUCCCUUCAGCGUGCGAUUAGAGAGAAAACUUGUGCUGAUGGAGAGAAUGACUGAGACCUGGCAACAUGAGCAACUUGAACAGGAGUGAAAUGUUGUUUAGUCACAUUUUCUUUCUGACCAAAAAGUAUAUUAAAAAUUAUAUG